AUGUCUCAGCCUCCCAAGACGAGCUCGUCAAGCUUUCACAUAGCCAUGUUCCCAUGGUUUGCCAUUGGCCACAUCAGCCCUUACCUUCACCUCGCCAACGAGCUCGCUUCCAGAGGCCAUAGAACCACUCUCUUGGUGCCCAACAAAGCUCGCCUCCAGCUCCAACACCUCGUCCUCCACGCAGACCUCAUUGUCUUCUCCCCUGUCGCCGUCCCUCACGUCCACGGCCUCCCCGAGGGGACCGAAAUCGCCUCGGAAAUCCCCAUCCACAUGACCCAUCUGCUCGCUACUGCCAUGGACAGAACACGCGGCGAAAUCGAGCAGUUCUUAACCGUCAGCAAACCCGACUUUGUUCUAUACGACACUGCACAGUGGGUCCCGGGCAUCGCGAGAAGAAACGGCAUUAAAACCGUUUGUUACAAUGUCGUUUGCGCCGCUGCGCUCGCGAUCGCCCUUGUCCCGGCGCGUAAUGUUCCCAAGGACCGGCCUAUCACCGAGGAGGAGCUGCGGGAGCCGCCAGCUGGGUACCCGUCAAAGAAUGUGGUGCUUUGCGGGGCCGAGGCCAAGGCCUUGACGUUCAUAUCGUUGCCGUAUGGGGAAGGGAUCACGUUUUACGAGCGGACGACGACGGCUAUGAAAGAAUGUGACGUGUUGUCUAUUAGAACCUGCAGAGAGCUGGAGGGUGAUUUGUGUGAUUAUAUGGAAGCGCAGUAUAAGAAGCCGGUGAUUUUAACUGGGCCUGUUCUGGGCCUGGGAUCUGAUAAGAAGAGUGAGAAGUUAGAUGAAAGAUGGGAGAAGUGGUUUUCUGGGUUUGAGGCAGGGAGUGUAGUGUUUUGUGCAUUUGGGACCCAGUGGAUUCUUGAAAAGGACCAAUUUCAAGAGCUUGUGCUAGGGUUUGAGUUAACUGGGUUGCCAUUUUUUGUGGCUUUGAAACCACCUUCGGGUUGUGCUACAAUUGAAGAGGCUUUGCCAAAUGGGUUUGAAGAGAGGGUUAAAGGGAGAGGGGUGGUGUUUGGGGGCUGGGUGCAGCAGACAGCCAUUUUGAGCCACAAGUCAGUUGGGUGCUUUGUGAACCAUUGCGGGUUUGGGUCAAUGUGGGAGUCUUUGAUGACUGAUAAUCAGAUUGUGCUUGUGCCACAUUUGGGUGACCAGAUCUUGAACACCAAGUUGCUGGUUAAGGAGCUCAAGGUUGCUGUGGAGGUAGAGAGAGAAGAAAAUGGGUGGUUUUCGAAGGAGAGCUUGCGCAAAGCUAUUAAAAGUGUGAUGGAUAAAGACAGUGAGGUGGGCGUUAUGGUAAAGAAGAACCAUGCAAAAUGGGUGGAAACGUUAUCAAGUCCUGGGUUUAUGAGUGGCUAUAUUGAUAGGUUUGUUCAAAAGCUGAAAGAGCUUGUAAAUUAA